UUGAAUCGAAGGUCCAGCGAAUCUCACAAGAUGGAUAAGUUUCGUAUGAUGUUCCAGUUCCUCCAAUCCAACCAGGAGUCUUUUAUGAAUGGGAUCUGUGGUAUCAUGGCACUGGCCAGUGCUCAGAUGUACUCUGCCUUUGAGUUCAGCUGCCCCUGCAUGCCAGAGUACAACUACACCUACGGGAUAGGGCUGCUUAUUGUCCCUCCCAUAUGGUUCUUUUUGUUAGGCUUUGUAUUGAACAAUAAUGUCUCAGUGCUCGCUGAGGAGUGGAAAAGGCCCACCGGGAUGAGGACCAAGGAUCCCACCGUGCUGCGCUACAUGUUUUGUUCCAUCACGCAGAGAUCUUUGAUCGCGCCCGCGGUGUGGGUGUCCGUCACCCUCAUGGACGGGAAGAGUUUCCUGUGUGCCUUCAGCGUCAGCUUGGACAUCGACAAGUUCGCGAAUCACAGUCUGGUGUCCGGGAUGUCGGAGGCAGAGAAACUGAAACUGCUGGCAAGGAUUCCCUGCAAAGACCUGUUUGGGAACCCUGAAGUACGAGUGGCUGCGUCAAGAUACAUCAAAUGCAUAUCGCAGGCGUGUGGAUGGAUGUUUUUGCUCUUGAUGACAUUCAUAGCCUUUCUGAUCAGAGCCAUCCGACCGUGCUUCACUCAGGCCGCCUUCCUCAAAACCAAGUACUGGUCCCACUACAUUGACAUCGAGCGCAAGAUGUUCGACGAGACGUGCAAGGAGCACGCCAAGAGCUUCGCCAAAGUCUGCAUCCAGCAGUACUUUGAGAACGUCAGCGGGGAGAUGCGGAACUACCACCACCGGCGCUCCGGGGAGGACGGCGGCGACAGCGAGGACGAAGACAAGAAGGAGAGCGACGAGGACAAGCUCCUGGGGAUCCGGGCCCAGGACGACAUGAACAAGGUUCUGUGGAACUGGCACACGUGCAAGCCGGCUUUGGCUCUGAGAAAGGACCAGAUCGAUGGAGAAAACAAAGGCAAGCUGAACGGAGGCAUCAACGGCGCAGCGAACGGCUUCGCAAAUGGACACGCCCCUGAGAUACAGAAAAAGGAAUGGGCGGUGUACUACAGUAAGGUUUGAAGAGCUCAGGAAAAAGGGAAAGACUGACAUGCCGGAUAGCAGACAACUGCUUCCGUUUCUGAAUUAAUAAGCCAGUUAGAAAAUGAAUCAUUGCGUUCUGAACCAGAUGUAUCUUCCGUCUUCUUUUCAUUUCAAUGUACAGAAAGUCUUGUCAGAAUGUAAGCACAACAAAA